GGACCAGGGGUGUAUAAGGGAAGGGGGCGUGGGCAUGAGGGAGAGCGUGUGUAUGUGCCUAUGUGUGUGAGUGUGAGAGAGAAAGAACGCGGGCAUGACAACUGGGCGUGUACACGCCUCGCUGGCCCGCGAUGUCGACGCCUGUGGUCGCGGUUGUUGUUGCUGUCGUCGUCUUCGCCGUCGUCGUCAUCAUCCAUCGCCCCAUCUUGUCGGAUCUGCCUUUUGCGCGUUCGGCCACACUCCGGGCAUACUUUGCGUCUGCCUGCCGUCCGAGGGUCUGGUGAUGCCUACACGUCUGCUCGUCGUUGCGGGAAAGGGGGCCAUAUGCGUUUCAAGGCGUGCGAGGCACGACACGGCUCGAGCUCAAGGAGCAGCAGCAAGUGGAAUGUUUCGAACACGAGCUCAACGCCAUCUUUACUGCCUUGCCCCGCGGCCGUUUCUUCAUGCCAGUACCGCGUCGAAUCACCGAGGGAGAUGACAGCAGGUGAAGGGCGUGGAAGUAAGACUACGUGGAAAAAUGGGUGUAGAGCUCAUUAGCCCACUUGGGCUAACCUGCCAGACGACAGUGAACGUCAAGAGAGCGAGGAUGUACCCCCCCCCCCCCCCCC